AUGAUUCCCUCUCACAUCUCCUUCCGCGCCACCCUCCUAACGUUCUUCCUCGCCUUAACCGACUCCGCCCAAGCCCAUCCCUCCAAACCAGACACUUCACCAAACGAAAUCCGAGCCACAUCACCCAACCUCUCAGCCUACAGACCCGUCCUAACAGACGGCACGGCGUCCCUCCCCUCCCCAACCGGAACCCUCAAAUCCAUAACCCUGGGCCGCGGGACCCAAAACUACACCUGCGCCUCCAGCGCGAGCACCCCCAUCUCCGACGGCGCCACCGCAGCCCUCUUCAACGUCGCCCAGCUCCUCCCCACCCUAAGCAUCAGCCAAGGCCAAGCGGUCCUCAACAGCCUUCCAAACGCUCUGGUCGGCGACACCGUCGCCCAAAUCGCGCAGUCCGGCCUCCCCGUCAUAGGCGAACACCACUUCACCGCCGCCGGCGUGCCGACCUGGGACCUGUUCGGCGAGGGGCUACUGCUGUACGGGUCCGGCGUGGGCGACAUAGCGGCACCGGCUGGGGCGAAUGCGGGACCGCAGGGCUACGGGGCUGUGGAUUGGAAGGCGCUGACGGGUGCGGCGGGGAGUGUGGGGUUGACGGAGGUGUAUCGGGUUGAGACGGCGGGAGGGAAGGCGCCGACGAGCUGCAGUGGCUCGGGCGCGACGAUCGAGGUUCAGUAUGCGGCCAUGUAUUGGUUUUAUGAGUGA